AUGACGAAAGUCGUUAGCCCGCACCUCCUCGACGAUGUUCGCAGCGCGGACUCAACCGCUGGCCGGAUUGCCGCCCUCCGCGCGCUCAAGAAUGAUAUCAUCGGCCAUAACCAGAAGAAGCAGGCCUGGACAGAGCUAGGUGUCCUGCCGCUCCUGUCAGAUGUCCUGUUCAGCCGGCGUGGCGUGGCCAGGAAGGCCGAUUUUCAUAGUCAUGGCCCGAAACAGCACACCACAGAGGAGGAUGAGAUGUGCUUCCAGGCCAUUACCAUUAUCGGCAGCCUCGCCCUUGGUGGACCGGCGUAUACCGCCCCUAUUUUGGCUGGGGAGACCAUUCCCUCGUUGCUCUCCGUACUAUCAUCGCCCUCAUGUCCUCGAUCCCUCGCCCUCGCUGUCCUUCGAACCCUCAACACAAUUGCGGAUCAGCUUGCCUUGGUAUAUCAAAAUGUGGAUAACCAGACACAGCCCAUGGGUGCCCUCCUCUUCACCCGCAAGUACAUCUCUACUUUCCGUGGCAUCUUACAGCAACCAGGCAACUCUCCCGGUGCCCAACCUUGCAUAGAGCUUGUAGCAGACCUCAUCUCGAAGACAUGCUCCGGAGAGCAGCAGAAGAGCCUUCUAGCUGAGUGCGGCAUUUUGGAUGUCCUGGGUUUAAGGCUGGCAGCUUUCGUCGUUGCGGGGGGGUUUGUUCUUCCCGGAGCAGAGAAUUCCUGUACCAACUCCGGCGCAUUGGGUCACAUACCAGAUCCUGCUCCAGCCGAUGCCAAACUAACUCCCAUCCUCCGUGCUAUUGCCGUCAUCAUCGAACAGUCCGCGGCUCGCGCAGAACAUCUCUUGACAUGUCCCGCUUUGGUCACCGUGUUUCCCCGCUCAUUCUAUGACCUCUAUCUCGGUGAGGCUAAAAAGGGCCCAUGGAGAUCUCCCUAUCCAUCCGGUUAUGGCUUUACCAAACGCAACGUUUUGAAUCCCAUUGAUUCCCUUCUCCCGUCAGUGCAGCCGAUGCAAAACAAUGGCUCACCCAAUUUUCCCCCAUUGGGCUCGCAACCUCAGUAUGACAAGCGAGGACAGUUCUUUGGCCCUCAGCCGCCUUGUACCGAUAGUCCUGCUCCAGAAGAGCCAGAGAGCGUGUUGGUAUCGUGGUUGCUUUAUGUUGCCCGAGCAGACCGUGGUUAUGUCCGUCUUAUGGCGGCUCGAAUACUUGCUACCCUAUUCCGCCAUCAUCUCCUGAAGAAAAGCCGCGUCCCCAUGCUCGGAUUUCUCCUGGUUCCUCUCCUAGUUAGAAUGCUCGACAGUGCUCACCAUGCUGAAGACUCUUCCACUUUCGAUAGUUACACCCUGCGUGUUAAAGAGGAAGCUCCCGCUGUGCUAGCCUCCUUGGUCAUGGAUAGCCGAGAGCUGCAAAAAUUCGCCGUCGAUAGCGGUGCUAUCAAGAAACUCACCCAAAUGCUGAAAGAGUCGUUUGCGCCAACUUCAGAAGCCGGUACCCCUAUGUGGAGUACAACAAAGAGACCUGCCACAGUCCUAGUUCAGUCAACAGACUCAGACACGUCUUUGGGACCCCCAGGAUUCACCCGCCAGGCCCUCUCCAAGAUAAAAUACCGAGAAGCCAUUCUCAAAGCCCUGGCUGCACUCUCCCUAGUUAAUGACGAUUACAGAAAGGCUAUAUGCGAUACUGGUGUUGUUCAGCAUAUCAUUGACUCAAUGAAGCCCUGGAACCCGGAAACAACUGUUCUAGGGAACAAGACUUGCAUUACCGAAUUGGAAGGGAAUACAACGCCAGUUAUACUCGCAGCUUGUGCCGCUGCUAGAUCGUUGACUCGAUCAGUCAGUGUGCUUAGAACCAGCUUGAUUGAUGCCGGCAUUGCUGCGCCAAUAUGCGACUUGGUUAAAUCCAGCAAUAUCGAAAUACAAAUCGCGGCCACAUCAGUAAUGUGCAACUUGGCCCUUGAUUUCAGCCCAAUGAAGGAGGUAUGUAUACUUCUACGUGGGAAACUGCCCCUUUUCAUGAGUGAAUCACUCUUCAGGCUAACCUACGUGCAGGCUCUUCUUGAGGCAAACAUGGUCCCGCUAUUGUGCGAAAAUUCCCAUUCACCAAAUGCAAACCUUAGAAUAGAAUCCCUCUGGUCUCUCAAACACAUUUCCUAUAAUGUACCAAACAAGAUGAAGAAAGAUAUCCUAGAGGCUCUUGGUAUCGAGUGGAUCAAGCAGGUUCUCUCUCACGACCCUAACGAUCCUGUCAAUGCCAGGAGACGACAGGACGACGUUGCAAGCGAGUUGCCAUCCUCACUCAUAGAGAUGGGCACCUCAAAUUCAUUUGGCGAACAAGUAGAUAUCCUCAACCCCGUGAUACCCAGCGGCCUGGAACCAGAGUCUCCCAUGAUGGACUUCGAUGGCCACAUUCCAGAUAGUUCGAUAGCCUCGAAACCUGCCGUUGAUACUCAAUCCGCCGAGAACGUUCGGAAGCGCAGAUUGGCGCUAAAUGGAGAUUUGGACCAGACCAAGAAACUACGCCAAGACGAUACGCUAGCACAGGAGGAGCUUUUUGACUUGCUUCGAAACAUCAUGUGUGGCCCGGGAGCGCCCGACAUGAUCGACUAUCUCCUCCAGAAGUUCGGCCAGACCGACUUCCUAGAUAUCCUUGCAAGCAAACUCCGUCCUAGACCCCUUCCCACCGCCAAUGCUUCUAUAUCUUCCUUCAAGGACAAAUUAACCACCUCACAACAAAAAUCAAUACUCCACCCUACCGAAAUAAUCCGCGCAGUGACUUACGUCCUGAUCCACAUUGCCGCUGGCGUCUCACGACAUCGCCACCUGCUAGUCUUCCACCAAGACCUGCUCAAACUAACCAUGGCCUUGCUAAGCCACUCGAACUGGCAGAUUCGGGCCAAUUGCGUCUGGAUAGUGAUUAAUCUCACUCUUGAUGAUGACAAGACUGAUAAAACUAGCCGGGUUGAGCGCGCCAUGAGGUUGAAGAGCCUGGGGGUUAUGGAACGUCUGAGCAGUUUGGAAAUUGAUAGCGAAUCUGAUGUUAGAGAACGGACAAAAACGGCUUUGGAUUGGAUGAAGACGCUCUUGGGCCAAUAA